GCACCCUCCCCACCCCAAGGGCUCCCGCUCCGGUUGCUGCAUUCCCGGAGCAGCUGGCGGCUGCUGCGGGCGGCCGGCGUACGGGCGAGCCUGCCCCUGCCAGGCUGAGCGGGUAGUGCCGGGGCCACCAGCGGCAGCGGCCAAAGAUGUGCCCGCUCGGGCCGCUCCCGCGCUGAGUCUGAGGCCUGCCCACUUGCGCCCGCCCGCCAUGUCGCAGAUGCUGCACAUAGAGAUUCCCAACUUCGGGAACACCGUGCUCGGCUGCCUCAACGAGCAGCGCCUGCUGGGCCUCUACUGCGAUGUGUCCAUUGUGGUCAAGGGCCAGGCCUUCAAGGCCCACCGGGCCGUCCUGGCUGCCAGCAGCCUCUACUUCCGCGAUCUAUUCAGCGGCAACAGCAAGAGCGCCUUCGAGCUGCCGGGCACGGUGCCUCCCGCCUGCUUCCAGCAGAUCCUGUCCUUCUGCUACACGGGCAGGCUGACCAUGGCGGCCAGCGAGCAGCUCGUGGUCAUGUACACGGCCGGCUUCCUGCAGAUCCAGCACAUUGUGGAGCGCGGCACAGACCUCAUGUUCAAGGUGAGCUCGCCCCACUGUGACUCGCAGACUGCCAUGAUCGAGGACGCCAGCUCCGAGCCCCAGAGCCCCUGCAACCAGCUGCAGCCGGCCGCCACCGCCGCACCCCCCUACGUCGUGUCCCCCUCUGUGCCCAUCCCACUGCUGACCCGCGUGAAGCAUGAAGCCAUGGAGCUGCCACCGGCUGCCGGCCCGGGCCUGUCCUCUAAGCGCCCGCUUGAGACGGGGCCCCGGGAUGGCGCGACGGUGGCGGCGGGCACUGCUGUGGCGGCAGGUGCGACCCCUCUCAAGCUGCCCCGGGUCUCCUACUAUGGGGUGCCCAGCCUGGCCACCCUCAUCCCCAGCAUCCAGCAGGUGCCCUACUCCCAGGGGGAGAGGACCAGUCCGGGGGCCAGCAGCCUGCCCACCACCGACAGCCCCACCUCCUACCACAACGAGGAGGACGAGGAAGAUGACGAGGCCUAUGACACCAUGGUGGAGGAGCAGUACGGCCAGAUGUACAUCAAGGCCUCCGGCAGCUAUGCAGUGCAAGAGAAGCCAGAGCCAGUGCCGCUGGAGAGCCGCUCCUGUGUCCUCAUCCGCCGCGACCUGGUGGCCCUGCCCGCCAGCCUCAUCAGCCAGAUCGGGUACCGCUGCCACCCCAAGCUGUACUCCGAGGGGGACCCCGGUGAGAAGCUGGAGCUGGUGGCAGGCUCCGGGGUCUACAUCACGCGCGGCCAGCUGAUGAACUGUCACCUGUGCGCUGGCGUGAAGCACAAGGUGCUGCUGCGGCGGCUCCUGGCCACCUUCUUUGACAGGAACACGCUGGCCAACAGCUGUGGCACGGGCAUCCGUUCGUCCACCAGUGACCCCAGCCGCAAGCCUCUGGACAGCCGAGUCCUGAACGCUGUGAAAUUGUACUGUCAGAACUUCGCACCCAGCUUCAAGGAGAGUGAGAUGAAUGUGAUUGCCGCGGACAUGUGCACCAAUGCCCGCCGGGUCCGAAAGCGCUGGCUGCCCAAGAUCAAGUCCAUGCUGCCCGAGGGCGUGGAGAUGUACCGCACGGUCAUGGGCUCCUCGGCCGCCGGCGUGCCCCUCGACCCCGAGUUCCCGCCCGCUGCGGCACAGGUGUUCGAGCAGCGUAUCUAUGCCGAGCGCCGCGGGGAUGCCGCCACCAUCGUGGCCCUGAGAACUGAUGCCGUGAAUGUCGACCUGGGCGCCGCCAACCCCGCCUUCGAGGCCAGCGAGGAGGCGGACGGGGCCGGCUCCGUCAUCCAGGAGGUGGCCGCGCCCGAGCCGCUGCCCGCCGAUGGCCAGAGCCCCGGGCAGCCCUUCGAGCAGGGCAGCGCCAGCUCCAGCCGGCCCGCGACGCCGGCGGCCAGGAGACAAGAGGGCUCCUACGCGGGGACCUUGUAGAGGCCAGGAGACGCUCAAGGGACCGGUACUAGAGCUGCUUGCAUGCGUUACUAAUACGACAAAUGUGAUCAAGCCACUUACCUACUGAACUGCUACUGUUGCCUGAACAAAAUGUGAUUUUUAUUCUGCUUGUAUUUAAAGUUGAUGAAGGAGACAAAUGCAUUCAUUAUACUGUAAACGGUUAGGCCCCUGCGACCCUGUGCGAGAGGUCCCAGGGCUGUUUUUGAUACUCGAGAGUUUAGUCGCCUGCCCCUUCUGGGGGGGCAGGGGCGAGAGGCCCUGGUGCCCCCCUCUGCCCACACCCCUUGUCCUUCCUGCUCCCUCUGCCCCAGGGGACGAAGCCUGAGGCCGGCAGAGUGGGGGCAUGUGACACCGUUCCUUGCCCACCAGGACUCUGCCCACCCCGCUGGGGCCACGGGCCAGGGCUGGGCACCCAAGGGCCAAACACCUCUUGUUUUUCCUUCUUCCUGAGACUUGGGGGUCAGGCCUGCCGGGUCCACCAUGCGUGUGGGGUGUGGGUGUGGGUGUGGGGAGUGUGUGUGUGUGUGUGUGUGUGUGUGUGUGUGUGAGAGAGCAUGUGCAGGGGGCAUGGUGAGGGCCCAGCGAUGGGCCUUGCCAGUCACUGGGUGCAGAAAGUGUUCUUGGCUGUACCUGUGCUCUGCCCCACAGCCUUGGGGUCUGCCCACCACCCGCAGCUCUUGGGCCACCAGCCCUGAGUACCCGCUGGCCCCCACCUGGCCACCCGCCGUCUGAGGGGUGAGGCCGCCCCCGGUGCAGCCCUCAGCCACGCUGGGAUUCUGUCUGUUUAUGUUUUCGUCUUAAUUCAGAUCUAUUUCAUAUAUGGUUUGGAAACUUUCAGACCCAAAAGAGCAAAAAAUUAGGGAGGAUGGGGUGUCCCUGCCCCCCAACCCACUGUGGCUUGGGGGUGCAUCAUCUGUAUACCAUGUCCCCCACCCCCGUCAGGUCCCACUCACCUCCUGUUGGGGGUGGGGGUCCCAGGGGAGUACAGCAGGUUGUGUGACUGGUGGAGACAGAGGCCACGUGAGAGCUGGCCUGGGGGGCUCCCUCGGUGCGGGCCCCCCCGAAUUGUGCUCCAAGCCCUCGGGAUGCACCUCUGAGACUGCGGGUGGGGGGCCGUGGUCGCAGGACUGAGCUGGGCCGGUUAGCAUGGGGCUGGCAGGAGCAGCCACAGGUGGGGAGGUUCUGGACUGCAUGGCUGGGGCAGCAAGGAAGGGCCACGGAGGUUGUCGUUGUGUUUGAGGCUGGUAUGCUUACUCUGAAGUUUAGUUGCUGGUUUUUGGGGAGAGGGGCACAGGUUGUCCAAAGUGGCUGCUCGUCCAGGGGCUGCCUUGCUCCCGAGUCCCAGGCAGCCCCAGGCGUGGUCAGAGACACCGCCUCCACUCCCAGGCUUGAGGGAGUUGUUGCUGCUUCCCUUUGUCCCUAGUGCUGAGCAAGCCCCUCCACCCUGUGCGCACAGGGCCCAGCAGGUGUGGCUCAGCCCCGCCCAUGCCCCACAAAGCUGAGCCUCCGCCAGCUGCAGGGCCUCCCGCGGGGCCCAGUGUGGGGCAGCCUGGGGGUGCUUAGGCCCUUCCCUCUCGGGCUCUCGUUCCUGCUGACCGCUGCCCUUCGCUGUGUGGGAGAGACCUCCGAUGGGGUGGCGGCUGCCUCCCAGAUGGCACUCGGCCUCCCUGGCCUCCUCCAGCCAGGCCAAGCAUGUGCCUGCCCUCCAGAAGGAUCUGAUGGCUUCCGGAAAGGAGUGGGGGGACUCGAGGUGGGCCCGUGCGGGCUAAUCUUGGCCCCGGUACCCGCCCCUCCCUGCCCCAGUGUAGGGAGGUCCAAGCCCUAGGGUCCUGGGCCUGAAGGGCUCAGGUCUCCAGCUCCUGCUCGGGCCUCCAGCCAACCAUGUGGCCCAGAGCUGGCCUCUCCCUGCCUCUUCCCUCCCAUCUCAGCCCAGGUGGGGCUGGAGCUCACACAGCCGGGGCCCCACAGCCCACUAGGGACCAGGACCGGGUCCUCCUGGAAUUGGGAGGGGGCCGUGGGGUGGGGGAUGUUCUGGCGGGGAGGCUGACCCCACCCAUCUCCUCUCUGAGUUUCCCUUCAUCUGCUCCCUGCCCCCACCCCAAUUUGCACUUUAAUUUGACCAUCCCUGGGGACCUUCAGGAGAGGGCACCCGUCCUUGCUGUCCACAGCAGGGCUGGCUCUCUCUCCCUCUGUCUCUUCCACUCCAAAGUGGGCACAGUUCCCCCUCCCCUCGGCUGGGAUCGGGGGUGCAGCUGGCCUGGCGGAGGAGGCGGUGGCCGCACAGAGAAGGCCUGACCGCUGCUCAGGCUAGCACAAUGUCCCGCGACCUCUGUCCCUCGAUUGUUUAUAACCGCCGUCUGUUUCAUUGUCCUGGGUAAGGAAGGCAAGAGCUGUGGGUGAAACUUUAAUAAUAAUUCAAUGUGAAUGGGUUCUGAGCUCUGCCUGGGCCCCGGGCGGGCCGGGCCGAGCGUUUUGCACUAAUGUCCCGCGGUGGACGUGGUCGGGAGCGUUUGCAGACGGGCAUGGCUGAUGAUUGUAUCUGCCGGGGCGCUCCCUCCGCGUCCAGAAUGUUCCGCGGGGCGGGCGGCGGCGGGCCUGGGCUCGGAGGGGCCUUCCAGAGUGCCUUAGCAUCUUUUGAUCAUUUUUCCCAAGGAAAACCCAUUAAGAAAACCGGACCCUCCCCUCCUCUGUUUACAAGACGACUAAUUCCUGUCCCGCAAGCGUGAUCCCGACUCACCCUGACCCCGUAGACCGAGAGACGAGCCACUCAGUAUUUAUGAGAUGUCUGCACCUUUAUUCCUGAGCUUGACUAUUAGCAAUACGCAUAUACUACAUAGAGUCUAUUAGAGAGCUAAGUUAUAGCAGCGCCUUUUGCAGGAGGAGAGAAGGGACUGGACCGCGUCGGAGUUGAUGGGGGCGGCUGGCCUGGCGUCUGGCCGCCGCUCUGCCCUCUCCUGCCCUCCCUGGCGGGACGGGAUGUGCCCCAGGAGGCAGCUGGGACAGAGUGCAAAAGGUCCAGGAGAAGGGACCGGGAGAUGUGACAGAUACUGUGAGCUGGGGCGGCCCCGCCCGCCCGGCCGGCGUGCCUCGGUACUUGAAUUCUGUCUUGUGUUCUGCACUGUGUCUGGUGUCGCCCAGAGUUCUCUGUGGUUGCUUCACUUUGCAUUUGACUCGGUUGUCUUAUUUGCCCCUGAAUGUGGAUGCAGCUGUGGACGAGAGGCCGCGGGGAGAGACCUCCGGGUGCACAGCCUGCAGCCCCCACCCGGCCGUCGUGGUGCUGGGCCGGGGCUGCAGGAGCCUGGGUUCAUUUCUCUGUGAAAACUCAUUCUCCGGCGUCUGCGUCUAGAGCUGGGAGGAAGGCAGAGGUGGGGCCAGGGAGGCCAGGGAGCCUGACCGGUCCCCAUUUCACGGCCGGCCCCAGCUGCUUACUGCUUAGAUUCCCCUCAGACGGGUUAUUUUUAUGGAAAUACCUUGCUGCAAGCGGAAAAAGGCCUAUGGCCCAUUAACCAACUGCCAACUCUGAGGAAAGCUCUGCUUGCCUCUCCAGCAGUCAAUCCCAGAGCAGAUUGAGAGUUCGUAGCUGCCUUGAGCUGUAACUACUGUUGCAGACGCGGCUGCUGCAUCCAUCCGUCACUGUGUCAGCCAGCCGCUCCCAGGGUGUCACCCGCCGGAGGCACACAAUGUUUCUAACACGGCAAAGGUUUUUGGUUUUUGUUUGUUUGUUUGUUUGUUUUGUUUCUUUGAAAAAAAAUGAAAAGGAAAAUUAUGCAGAAUCUAACGCAUUCAGAUUGGACAACCUGCUUGAAUUCUGAUCAAUCGCUUCAUUGUAGCGUUUUGCACAUGAUUGUAAUUUUUAUGUCAAAAGAAGCCAAACUUGCAAUACUAUUUUUAGCAGACAAAAAAAAAAGAACUAAGUAUAAAAUGUAUAAAUAUUUUUGACUUGAACAUUUGGAUGGCACUGGGUGCAAAUAGACCAUUCAUCCUUUGGACGGAAUGUUUGGGGAAAAGAGACUUUUAAAAAAAGGAGACGGUUGUUGUGAAGUCUGCUGAGCCGUCAGUAGUGCUGUAACUCACGACUGUUAGAAAAUGAAUACGCAAAUUGUUCCUGUGCUGCAUAAAGGAGAGUUGUCUCCCAAACCACUGAGUUCCAUUUCAGCCACAGAAGAUGCUCGCUUUUUUUCCUUUCGAAGAAGGAGGAACCUUUGUUCUUCCUGCGUCCUCACGCUCCCUCAAUGCUGCUACUUGGCAGAGUCAAGACUGUUGCUUUUCAGCCACGGCUGACACCGUAUCAAUAACUCCAACAACAGAAACGUCCGCCAGCAACCGGGAAACCGAGGGCUUCUAGCGCGCUCAGAGCCGAGUCGUAGGGUGGAAAUCCGUUAUGUACAAACAAAAGGAUGUGAUCGUUAAUUGUAAAGCGCUUUGUAAAAUUCACAUUUACAGAAUAAUAAAGUCAGUUCAAACCCA